AUGGAAACACGUAAAGCAUUCUUCACCAAGUUAGGUUUAUUCGGUGCUACUGCACUUACAAUGUUCAUUGUUGGUAAAAAACAUAUAUCCAUUCAUAAUGAAAAAAGACAUCGUGCUGAAACUGAUGCUCGUGUAGAUUCAGAUGAUAAUGAAUUUGGAGUACAAGUAAGAAGACCAGGAUUCCCAAGAAAUAAUCCAACUAUGGAUUAUUCUGCUGGUGAAAGAUUAUCAAAAUUUGAAGCAAAGGGAGAUGCUUAUUCUACUAGAAGACCUGGGGAUAGAUUAUCAAUGUGGGCUACUAUAAAACGGUGUUAUUUUGGUGAUGAUGAAGAAGAACUGAAAUAUUUCUCACCAACUCCUGAAGAUAAGAUUAGAAAGUGA